ACAUUGACAACAACAAAAAAUAUCCACGAAUCAAAAAAAUUUAAAAUUCAUAAUUUUAUAUUAAUUUUAAAGAAAAUUCAGGAUGUCAAAAGGUUCUGACAGCUUGUUAAACUUCAAUGAGUUUGAGGAUUUCGGAGAAUCACCGGAAAUAUCUGUGAAUUCUCCGAAAAAGGCGACUAUCAACGAUGGUUUAGAAGCUACACCAACAACAUCAGCCAAGAUAUCAAUGUUUCAAAUUGAAUAUUACCAACAAUUCUUUAACAUUGACACAAUGGAAGUGGUUGAUAGAAUUGCAACGUCAAUAAUACCAAAACGAGCUCCAUCGACUUAUCUUAAAACACAUUUAGGAGUUAAUCCUGAUCUUUAUGGGCCAUUUUGGGUUACAAUAACAUUAAUCUUCGCAAUCGGUAUUUCUGGAAAUCUUGCCAAUUUUCUUCAACAUGAUCACACCAGUUUAUUUAUUUGGCAUUAUAAUUUUCAUUUAGUAAGCUAUGCUUCGACAUGCAUCAUCAUGUAUGUUUGUAUUAUGCCAAUUGUGAUUUGGGGAGUUCUUAAAUGGAGUGUCAAUCUCACUGAUGACAUCGAUCUUGACAUUGAAAGUGCUCCAUAUAUUCCUAGUUUACUAUCAUUAGUCUGUCUGUAUGGAUAUUCAUUAGCAGUCUACAUUCCUGUUUCAAUACUCUGGACAAUUCAAUUCUCCUUUCUUCAAUGGCUUCUCGUCCUUACAGCGGCAUUCUUAUCUGGAUCUGUGCUUAUAAAUAUUUUAAUGCCAUCACUUAAACUCUCAAAAUAUUCUUUCUUUCUUAUUAUUGGAAUUGCUUCAGCUCAUUUUCUUCUGGCUGCUGGAUUUAUGUUGUAUUUCUUUCAUGUACCAUCAGCCACUUCUAAUGAUAUUCAAAAACAACCAAUGGUCAAUCUUCCCAUAGUCAACACAACUGGAUAAGAAGAUAAAUUUAACCUUGGACGAAUUAAAUUGGUUUUCAUGUUUUGUAAAGUUUAAUUUCAUUUAGAAUUAUUGAAAUAAAAAAAUUGAUGAGUUUUAAAAGUUUUUAUUUUACUUGAAAGAGUUUCACUCAUUAGCAUUACUCACAUGAAGACUGAGUCAUCAAACUUUUAUUAAAUUGUUUAAUAAGUAAUCAAAUGUUAUAGUUUGAGUAAACAAGAUUGUUAAUUUUUAUGCGUAGUUAAUAAUAAAUUUAAAAAAAUGCGACUCGGGUCACAAUAUUUUCCCCU